AUGGAGCAACAAGCCACUGCAUCUAAAUGUGAUGCAGACUACCUCAUUGAACCUAAGGAGGAAAUGUUGGAUGACCCAGAGAUUAUUCUUGAUGAUGUCCAGGACUUGAUUGUACCCAAAGACGAGUUAUCCAACACUAGUCUACACUCUGACCCUGCAGAUUCAGACCUUCAAAUCUUCAGCAUGUUAAAGCCCAUUAAAAUAGAAACAGUAUUGAGUAAAGAAAUUGCUGAGUUACAAAAAGUACUUAAAUCAUCGGGAGAUACAAAAACAACGUUUUGCGACCCCAAUGUAAAUUCACUAGAUAUGAGGAUACAAGUUAAACAGGAGCCUUCUCAAGUGAUAGCAAGUUUGGACAGCAGCCAUCCAGUCAAUGACAAGCAAACAGUUACUUCCUCUAACAACCACACUUCACAAGAUACUGGGAUGAGUCCUAACUGUUCAAAAACCACCAAAAUGAAUCUAGAUUUGCGUCUCAAAAACCGAUUUGAAUGUAACCAUUGUCAGUACACUACUAACUAUAAAGUUCACUUGAUAAAACAUUUACAUACAAGACACAGUAGUACAAAACCACAUUCAUGCAAAGUUUGCAAAUAUAAAUGUGCCACAAAAUAUUCAUUAGUGUUGCAUAUGAGGACUCACACGGGAGAGAAACCUCAUAAAUGUAAUCAUUGUGACUACAAAAGUUCACAGUCAGGUACCCUAAAAAACCACAUGAAAAUUCACACUGGUGAGAAACCUCAUAACUGUAAGCAUUGUGACUAUAAAUGUUCGACCAUAAGUGCUCUUAAGGUUCACCUGAGGACUCACACUGGAGAGAAACCUCAUAACUGUAAGCAUUGUGACUAUAAAUGUUCGACCAAGGGUGCGCUUAAUUAUCACAUGAGGACUCACACAGGAGAGAAACCUUAUAAUUGUAAGCAUUGUGACUACAAAAGUUCACAGUUAGGUACCCUAAAAAAACACAUGAAAACUCACACUGGAGAGAAACCUCAUGACUGUAAGCAUUGUGACUAUAAAUGUACGACCAUAAGUGCUCUUAAGGUUCACAUGAGGACUCACACUGGAGAGAAACCUCAUAACUGUAAGCAUUGUGACAAUAAAUUUUCACGGUCAUGUGAUCUGAAAAUCCACAUAAGAACUCACACUGGAGAGAAACCUCAUAACUGUAAGCAUUGUGACUAUAAGUCUUCAACCACAAGUGCUCUUAAGGUUCACAUGAGAACUCACACGGGAGAGAAACCUCAUAACUUGGUCUUAAGGUUCACAUGA